GGCUUCGUACGGUUUACAAAAAGUACAGUUUGGGUGAAGAAAACCACAGGAAACAGAGACGAAGCAGUGAGUGAUACGAAGAAGUGUCCUUCUUUCUGGUUGCGUGGGUUUGCAGCGGAGAAAGGGGAAGGCGAAGUCCUCAUCGUCUCGCGUCGUUACCUGCAAAUAGAGGAGAGGGAGAGGGACAGAGAAUGUCGGCUGUGACGAACCAAGAGGAAGAUAAGAAGCCCACCGAUCAGUCGGUGGCUCACAUCAAUCUCAAGGUCAAGGGUCAGGAUGGAAAUGAAGUGUUCUUUAGGAUCAAGAGAAGCACUCAGCUAAGGAAGCUAAUGAGUGCAUACUGUGAUCGACAAUCUGUGGAGAUCAACUCAAUUGCAUUUUUGUUUGAUGGCCGUCGUCUCCGAGGAGAGCAGACUCCUGAUGAGCUAGAGAUGGAAGAUGGGGACGAGAUUGACGCAAUGCUGCACCAGACAGGUGGUGCAUCUGCCUAUAUAAAGUGAUGGGUAGAUUGUUUCUGUGGAAGGAAUGAAAGUUGAAGUCUUGAUUUCCUGGAAUUGUAGAGGAUACUAGCGCUCGUUGUAUUGAGUAUGAUCUAUUUGACUCUGGUGCUGCCUUAUGUCUCAGAGUAGAACCUGCUUUUACUACUAGUAAGGAAAUUUCUAAAUCCCGACAGCGUGAUAUGUAAUUAAACAUGAUGUGGCUUUUGUUUGUCAUCCGUGUUUUCUGUUCUUUGGAUACUCAUAGUUUUUGUUGUCUGUUGGGUAAUCGGAACCGAUCCCGAUAUUGAUUCGGAUCA